AUGUUCUGUUUACCUCUUAGACUUACAAUCAUUGGUCAAACAGCCAACGAAACUGUCAGUAAGAUGAGUGGUCUAAGAGACUUAACAACUGCAAAACCAUUGAGGAUGAACUUAAAAGCCCAACUAUGUCCUGUUUCAGCUAACCUACUGCCAUCAGGAACCGUAUCUUCUCCACUUCCUAAUCCACUUACCGGACUGUAUAUCAAUUCAAAUGCAUCAUCCUUAGGCGGGUUUACUUCAAACUUAUCUUUUCCGUUUAUGAAUACAAACUGUUCCUUAAAGUCAUCUGAUCCAACGGAAAGAAACAAAGCUACACCGGAAACUUCAAACACGUAUACCUUUGAUAGUCGUCUGCCGAACGCAACUUUAGAAAACGUCUCAUUACUGAAUUCAAAUAAUAUCAAUUCAGGGGCUGCUGCUGCAGCUGCAGCUGCCGCAUCCGCUGCUAUUGUAGCAGCGCUCAGCCAGUUUUUACUGGUCAAUACACCAGGACAGUCAUUACCUAACCCAUCAUUACUGGCUGCGACAGCGGCACUCACUAAUCCAGAAUUAUUGAACACUCUUAUGAAUACAAUUCCAACUAGUAAUAACAAUGGUACUUCAAAUAAUACACAAGGUAGCAUCAAUGAAUUUAAUGCCAACUACUUUGCUAAACUAUUGAACAACAUGACUGGGGCACAUAAUUCAAAUUUCUCACGUCCUGUGACACAUUCAAAUGAUCUAACACAAAAACUAUUUGAUAUGGAUACAACAUCAGUUGGGUUAAAAGAGCAUGCCUUGAAUUUUACCGUUGAUAAAGCUUCUAAUAUAUCUCCUGCUUCAUUGACUAAAUCUCCAGCAUCAUCACUGUCAUUAACAAUUUCGUCAGCAACAACAACUACAACUCCAACACAAGUAAAUCUAUUGUCAAAUAAUUCAAUAUGGCCGUGCAAUUUAGAAUUAGACCUAACAAAUCGAGCAUUGGUCAACCCAUUACAACCGAAUCGUUCACUGAGCCAACUUUUUACUGAACUGGAUCCUAACAUAUCAAUGAAUACGUCAUCUUCAACAAAUUCACUUGAUCAGCAUGAUAAGAUUAUGUCAACAUUCAAUUUAUCAACAUGUCAAGGUAAUUUGUCAUCUGGUUUAGUUAGCAGUGUAACCGAGAAUUCGUUUAAAUCGACUAAUUCACGACUUCUGGGUAUCGAAAGUGAAAAUUAUUCUAGUGACUUUGAAGGUGGUGGUUGUGGUGGUGGUUAUAGUGCUGGUGGCAAUUUAACUGAUUCCACGUUGAGUGGAAGUCUAAAUUCAUCGAAAAGAAGACGUCCCAGCUCACCAAAUAAUACACCAGACAGUAAAGCACGCAAAUGCAACUUUUGUAACAAACAAUUUAACUGUACAAGUGCCUUGAGAAUACACUAUCGAAAACAUUCAGGUGAACGACCAUACAUAUGUAAACAUUGCGGUAAAGCGUUUUCACAAAAUGGUACCUUGAAACGACAUUCACAAACUUGUAAAGCUGCUUAUAGUAGUAUCAACAACAACAGUGUCAGCAAUAAUAAAGAUUUUCGUUUUGAACAAAAAUUCUCUAUUUCUAAUGAUAACAAUAACAUAUUAAUCAUGAAUUCAGCUAACCACAUUACUGAUCCAAUGCAUUUAAAACCAUCCAAUUUUCCAUUAUUAUGUGCUCCUAUUGAUGAAUUAUCCGAUUCUGAAGGCCAAAUAAAAUCACCACAGACUGAGAAUACUAACCCUACUAUUCGUAACAAUACUAGAUUAUCUAGUCAGUACGUCUGUCAUGAAGAAACUGAGAAACAGUUGAAUAAUAUGGAAUCAUCACAAAUAUGGAUGAGCACUAACAGUCUCAAAGAGGAGGAUGAAGUUUCAUGUUUGAGCAAUUCAUUGACAUCCCCCAUUAUUUCAAAUGAUAAGAAACGGAAAUGUGAUUCAUCCAGAUUCUAUGCUACAGUACAAAGAAGUGACUUUUCCGAUCAAAGCAUCAAUCAUUUCAAACAACAACAAACUGAAAAUGCAGGUUCGACAUUCAAUCUCAAGAGUCAACUAUCACACUGGUCAGAUUUAGACUUGUCAAAGCUAAAUAAUAGAGAAAUAAAACAACUAUUGGAGAAACUGCAUUCGAUUGGAAAAUUGUAUGGUUGCAUUGAUUGUCAAACAUUUUAUCUCGAUGAAAAAAUGGCCAAUUUUCAUUUAACUAAAAUGCAUGUAAAACAGCUACAUAGUAAGACAUUUCAAUGUUUCAAUUGUGGCACAGAUUUGAAUAAUUCUCUACUAUUCUUGAAACAUUUUACGCAUUGUCUAUCGUCGACCAAAUUUAAUGGUAUGGAUUUGUCAAUUCAGUCUUUGACAUCAGUAAAUUCAGUCAGUGAAAUUACCGACAGUGAAUUAAUCCAGAAUGAAAGUGAAAAUUUAAAAUCACUAGAAAAUCACAUAUCGGAAGAAACAAUUAAUUCUUGUAUAGACGUUCCAACAGAAAUUUCAGACAGUACACAGAAAGAAAUUACUACUACUCCCAUUAAUGAGAAUAAUACAAGUCACUCCCCAUUCACAGGUAUAAAAGAACAAUCAGAGAUCCAAAUCAAUGGUCAUAAUCCAGAGAAAAAGGAAGCGGAUGAAGAAACUGAUCGUACAUCAUGGAGUAUGGGGUUUCCUAAUUCCCUAGAUCCUCGAUCUACAGUAAAAUCUGUUGAUUCAGAUACACGGGAAUAAGAUAUGAGAUGCUGUCACAUAUAAAUCCAUUUCAGCUACCAUUCAGUAUCGUUUGACAAAGUUGGUGAAUUUAUUGUAUUUGCUAGAAUUUCUGGUGUUUAUCAGGAAAACACAAAUAUUACUACACUAUCUCUUCUUCCCCUAUGUUUAUCUAUCGUUGAAGUCAAUUUUCAUUUCGUUUAUUUGUAGUCAUUUUGUUUUAUCUUAUUUUGUAUCUUCGUUUGUUUGGUUGUUUGUUUUUGGAAAAAAAGGAAAGAAUGAAAUGUUACACUGAACCACAAUGCAUUUAAACUAACUCAGGUAUCAAUGUCCUUGUUAAGAACUUCUCCCUCUCUUUUUCUCUCUCGAUGCAUAAAAAUUAGUGAAUCAACAAAUGAUUAAUCAAUUUUUCACGUUUCUUGUUUUUUGUUUUGUAAAUUUUACCUGUUCGAAACUAUUUCUGUGUAAUCCCCUUUGUUCUCACCCUUUCUAAGAAAGAAAAGUACUAGCGAUUAUCCUUGUCUAUUAGUAAACAUCACGGUAACUAUCAUUAAAAUGAUAAUUGUGUUUUUCUUGUUCC